AUGAACGGGGGCAGUAUGGGGUCUGAGGAGCUGAUGCCGGGUCAGUUGGGCUGUCUUUGCCUUGCCAUGGGUCGACAUCUGACAUCAGCAAGAGGUGUCGACAGGGCCGGCGGCAUAGGCGUGCACCUCUCAUAUGCAGUCGGGCCUUGGCUCGCUUUGCCUGCCCCAAAGGAAAUCAAGCUUUUGGGGUCCCGAAAUGCGGCGCGAAAGCUGAAAGUUUAG